AUGAACAAAGGUCACCCUCCCAAGCUGGAAAAAUGUAUGAACAAGAAGUUAUCAUUGAAAUUAAAUGGUGGCAGACAUUUCCAAGGAAUCUUGCAGGGAUUUGACUCUUUCAUGAAUCUUGUGAUAGAUGAAUGUGUGGAGAUGGCAACUAGUGCGCAACAGAACAAUAUUGGAAUGGUGGUAAUAUGA